UUGACGAUGAAGUCUAUGGAGUGAAUGAAGAGUCACUAAUAAGGCCAACAAAACGUUUUUUCCGUAUUGGCAUAACACCAUCUAUACCAUGGACAUUUCACCUUGGUCGUGACAGUAGUGGAAAUAAUAUCUGGGGAGGGUAUUGUGUAGAUCUUAUUGAUUUUAUAGCUGAACGGAUGAACAUCGAUUAUGAGAUUACAACGCCGAAAGAAGGUUCUUUUGGAAAGAGUCUUGGUAAUGGAAAAUGGGAUGGUCUUGUAGGUGACUUAAUAACAGGAGAGAUAGAUAUUGCCGUGGCAGCGAUGAAAAUGACAGCAGAACGUGAGGAAGUGAUAGAUUUUGUUGCUCCCUACUUUGAACAAACGGGAAUAACCAUUGUGCUAAGAAAACCUGUAAGACAGACAUCUCUUUUCAAAUUUAUGACUGUUCUUCGUCUGGAAGUUUGGCUUAGUAUUGUAGCUGCUCUUAUUGCAACAGCCAUUCUCAUUUGGUUCCUGGACAAAUAUUCACCAUAUAGUGCAAGAAAUAACAAAGAAGCAUACCCAUAUCCUUGUCGAGACUUUACUUUGAAAGAGAGUUUUUGGUUCGCUUUAACUUCCUUUACACCACAAGGAGGUGGCGAAGCACCUAAAGCUCUUUCCGGUCGCACUCUUGUAGCUGCUUACUGGCUCUUUGUAGUUCUCAUGUUAGCUACUUUUACAGCAAAUCUUGCAGCUUUUCUAACAGUCGAACGAAUGCAAACUCCAGUUCAAUCUCUCGAACAACUUGCUCGCCAGAGUCGCAUAAAUUACACCGUAGUCGAAGGAUCAGAUACCCACAGUUACUUUAUUAAUAUGAAAUUUGCCGAGGAUACUUUAUACAGAGUGUGGAAAGAAAUCACUCUCAACAGUACCAGUGAUCAGAGUCAGUACCGAGUAUGGGACUACCCUAUCAAAGAGCAGUAUGGAAACAUCUUACUGGCGAUAAAUUCUACGGGGCCUGUCGCGAAUGCAGAAGAGGGAUUUCGCGAAGUUAAUGAACAUAUCAAUGCGGACUUUGCUUUUAUACAUGAUUCUUCUGAAAUUAAGUAUGAAAUCUCUCGUAGUUGCAAUCUUACUGAAGUUGGUGAGGAAUUCGGCAAGCAACCGUAUGCGAUUGCUGUCCAACAAGGAAGUCAUUUGCAAGAUGAACUGAGUAAGGCUCUACUUGAACUCCAAAAGGACCGAGUUUUUGAGAAUCUCAAAGCUAAGUAUUGGAACCAUUCAGCAAAAGGGCAGUGUCCAGAUGAUGAUGAAAAUGGAGGAAUUUCUUUAGAAAGUUUAGGAGGUGUAUUCAUAGCCACUUUGGUAGGACUGGCAAUAGCUCUCAUCACUCUCGCAGGAGAAGUGUUUUAUUACAAGCGCAAGAAUAGUACAACUUUAAGUCAAGUGCAACCUUUUCAAAGUUCGCAAAAAGAGGGCAAUUUGGAGAAAAAUCUACAGAGCUAUACAAUAGGAGAUAAUUUUGUACCAGCUGGAGGAAAAAAGAAAUCUGUGUCUUAUAUAUCUGUUUAUCCUCGUAAAUCAAUUCACGAAUAUGGAGAAUAUAUAGACUAGGUACUUCUUUAGGGAAGAUAUUGCAAAGCGUCUUAUUCUUUGCGAAAUGCUCGUACUUGUGACUUGAAUGCUACACCUCAAAAGAAGUUUCGCUUCAUUUGUAUUUUACCGGCUUACAACGAUUCGAAUCCAUUCACAAAUCAUUCAAAAGAUCGUACAAAAUAACUGAAGAGUAAUAGAAUUGAUUUUCAGACAAAAAAUACUUGGUUCAUUCCCAGUUCAUAAACGGUCCAUUAUCGGUUCUGAACUGAUUGGAACCGGUUCAAAUUUGUAAGAAAUUCCAUGACUUUUAUAAUGAGCCCAAACGUGAUCUCAUUCAGUUGAGAAAGGGACAGAUAAUCCUAACCGGCUUAUGUAGGUGAGAUUCUUAACGUGAGCUAACUCGGAGUGCAUGCAAAUUCGAUUUGAUGCUGAAGUAGGGAGACGCCAUUCAGUUAUAUUGAAUCAAAUUCGUGAAAUUAUACAAGUUUUGUAUUUGAACCAAAAUGUCAAGGAUUUGGAUGAACUGACAGAAAAGUGUUAUAUGGGUGAAAUGUAGACCAAAAUGUUCUCUAUAAUUUUGCCGUAGAACUUGAACUCAUCGAUUACUCAGAAGUCAAGAUAAGCGAGGUUUUUUGUUUCUUAACUCGUUUUUUCAUCCAGAGUGUCCCAAGUAGUCAUUUGUUGAACUUCAACUAAAUCAAAGAAUUGUUGUAUUUUGCGGGACUUUCCAUUUAAACCCCUAUUUUAAGUGUCUUGGUGGAGUAGAGGCAGUCAAAUUGGCAUCUGAGUGAUUUCAAAGCGUUAUUAUUGGAAAAAUCAAUUUUUUCACACUUAAACGGCAAAAUCGGAGUGAUAGCGUAGUCUGAGCGGAAAAUGAUGUAUGGAAGAAAUGUAGAGACAAAUGUGCUCUAUAAUUAUGUUGAAGUAAUCAUCAAAAUCGGUUCAGCGACAGUCGAGAUAAUUGAGGUUAUGUGAUAUUGAAAUUGGUUUCUCGACUGUGGCGCCCCUGGUGUUGGUCCCACGAAGUUCAAAUAUUCUAGAAAGUUGUAGCAUUUGGUGAGAUCUUUCGUUUAAGCCCUCAUUCAUCAAAAUCGGUCACAUAGAACCGGAGAUAUGAUUUUUUGAAUUUCGUGAAAUUUGACCCCUCAUAUCUCCGGUUCUGUUUUAACCACAGCGCACAUACGCACCAUUUUGGAAACGUCCUAGACUGGACUACAACAUACUAAAAUUUCAUUAACUUGCACAAUGCCGUUUUUGAGAAAAGUGACUUUGAAUUUCGAUGAAUUUUGACGCUAUCACAGCGCCACCUGUGGUGACCUUUCGAACUUCCAUCUGAAAGUGCUCAUCGAGACGAAACCAAAAAGGUAAAAUUUAGGCCGCUAUGUUAAUUAGAACCGGAGAUAGAGGCCGGUCAAUGUUCGAACUUUGACCCCUUAUAGCUCGGGUCAGGGGUUAUGGAUCGACUUAAGUAUUUUUUGUUUGAUAGGUAUAAUCAGCGGCUACAACAUACUAAAAUUUCAGUCCGAUGCAUAAAGGAAUUUUUGAGUUAUUUAACUUAGAAAAUUGAAAAAUCUUCUUUUUAAAAAAAGCUCCCCUAGCGGUGGUUUUAUGAACUUGCGAUGUUAGAAGGGGAAGUGGCAUUUCACGAGAGCUUUCCAAAAAGCCCUCACUUUUUAAAUUCUGACAAUUAGAACCGGAGUUAUGGCCAUUUUAAGAAAUUUUUUUUGGACCCUUAUAGCUCGGGUCAGGGGGGUCGGGGGACCUUAAGUUUGGUAUUGAUGGAAAGCUCUAAGGCCCAGCUAUAACAUACUAAAAUUUGAGUCCGCUGAAUGCCAUAGGGGCGGAGCGAUUGAGAAAACAAAAAAAGGGGGGUCUUCAAAAUGGCGGAAGGAGGGGUGAGGGGUGGGGGGUCUAUGCACCAAGUUGCAAUUUUCACCCGAUAUAUAACCUUUGCCGAAAACCGCAAGUCGAUAUCUUUUUUAGUUUAGGAGCUAUUAAGCUCCAAAGA